CGCAUAUCUCGUCGGGCUGAGCACCGAAUAACUGGGGAUGAUUGGGGACGCUUCGUUCGCGUCCACUUUCGUCUUCGACUCUUCAAGGUCGCGUUCCGUUAUUAAUUCUUGCCCGAAAGGAAACGCCUUUGAUCGCUUCCCCAAUCUCGUCUUCGUGACUUUGUUUCGCUUGCGGUGGAGCUAGAGGGGCGCGACAGAGAGCAAGAGGGAGGGUGUAAAUUAAGCGAGCAGAAGGAAGUAAUUGAGCUACCCGGAGGAUGGCCGCCACCGCCCAUUUCACGCUGAACACCGGCGCCCGCAUCCCCUCGGUGGGCCUCGGCACCUACAAGGCCGCACCCGGAGUCGUCGCCGGCAUGCUCAGCUCCGCCGUCAAGGCAGGGUACCGACACAUAGACUGCGCGCCACUGUACAAGAACGAGAAGGAGAUUGGCGUUGCUCUGAAGAAUCUCUUUGACGACGGCGUGGUCAAGCGUGAAGACCUUUUCAUCACCUCCAAGAUAUGGUGCAGUGAUCUCGCGCCCGAAGACGUUCCGCCUGCAAUUGACAGUACACUGAAAGAUCUGCAGCUGGAAUAUGUGGAUCUGUAUCUAAUCCAUUGGCCGUUUCAGGUCAAGAAGGGCACUGAAAUUUGCCCUGAGAACUUUGUCCAGCCUGACAUUCCCAAGACCUGGCAAGCAAUGGAGCAGCUGUACGAUUCAGGUAAAGCUCGCGCGAUCGGUGUGAGCAAUUUUUCCUCCAAGAAGUUAGGUGAUCUUCUAGGCGUGGCUCGUGUCCCCCCAGCUGUUGAUCAGGUUGAGUGCCACCUCGGCUGGCAACAAGCGAAACUCAGAGCAUUUUGCCACUCCAGGGGAGUUCAUCUAUCAGCGUAUGCGCCUUUGGGCAGGAUGAAAGACGUCGCGAGUAACCCUGUGGUGACGACAGUAGCCGAAACCUUGGGAAAAACUCCAGCUCAGAUUGCUCUUCGCUGGGGUCUUCAACAGGGCCAGAGUGUACUUCCCAAGAGUGCUAAUGAAUCAAGGUUGAAGGAGAAUAUUGAUCUGUUUGAUUGGUCUAUUCCUGAAUCACUGUGUGCCCAGUUUUCUGAAAUCAAACAGGUUAAGCAAAUCAGAGGCGAUUCAUUUGUGCACCCACAGAGCGUUUACAAAACCUAUGAAGAGCUCUUUGAUGGAGAAAUCUAAAACAAGACAUCGCCUCGCCACCAGAAUGGAAGCUGAUAUUUGUUAUCGAUGUAUCGCUCUUUUAUUCCUUCAAAGAAAUAGGUGUCUGGGGCUCCAGCCUCGCUCCGUGGAAGACAUUCAUCAUACAAGCAAAAACCUGCCAAGGAACAACUGAACCUUAUUAUGCUUCUGUUCUACUGUAAGAUAAACAAGCAGUACACGAAUCACACGAUGAGCAAACGUCCAAGGCUAAUAAUUUGCUUCA